AUGUCUUUUCGACAAUACUCAGCUCAUAAUGAGUUGGUAAGUAAAAGUAUUUUUGAAGCAGCUUGGGAGGCCACGAAACAAGAAGGACUGGAAGAAUUGCAAUUAGCAAAAGAUAUUGGAGAAGUAGAUGAACAAGGAAAUGGUCUAAUUGCAGUUAUUGUUGACGGUGCAUGAACUUUAUCAAAGAACUUUAUCAAAGAACUUUAUCAAAGAACUUUAUCAAAGAACUUUAUCAAAGAAAUUUAUCAAAGAACUUUAUCAAAAAACUUUAUCAAAGAACUUUAUCAAAUAACUUUAUCAAAGAAUUUUAUCAAAGAACUUUAUCAAAGAACUUUAUCAAAGAACUUUAUCAAAGAACUUUAUCAAAGAACUUUAUCAAAGAACUUUAUCAAAGAACUUUAUCAAAGAACUUUAUCAAAGAACUUUAUCAAAGAACUUUAUCAAAGAACUUUAUCAAAGAACUUUAUCAAAGAACUUUAUCAUAGAACUUUAUCAAAGAACUUUAUCAAAGAACUUUAUCAAAGAACUUUAUCAAAGGACUUUAUCAAAGAACUUUAUCAAAGAACUUUAUCAAAGAACUUUAUCAAAGAACUUUAUCAAAGAACUUUAUCAAAGAACUUUAUCAAAGAACUUUAUCAAAGAACUUUAUCAAAUAACUUUAUCAAAGAACUUUAUCAAAGAACUUUAUCAAAGAACUUUAUCAAAGAACUUUAUCAAAGAACUUUAUCAAAGAACUUUAUCAAAGAACUUUAUCAAAGAACUUUAUCAAAUAACUUUAUCAAAGAACUUUAUCAAAGAACUUUAUCAAAGAACUUUAUCAAAGAACUUUAUCAAAGAACUUUAUCAAAGAACUUUAUCAGAGAACUUUAUCAAAGAACUUUAUCAAAGAACUUUAUCAAAGAACUUUAUCAAAGAACUUUUUCAAAGAACUUUAUCAAAGAACUUUAUCAAAGACCUUUAUCAAAUAACUUUUUUAAAGAACUUUAUACAAGAACUUUAUGA